CCCCAGACCCAGACCCAGUGACAUCACGGGAAGAGACAAGGGGCUUCGCCCAGCCCUGCUCCCAUCUCCAGUUACAAAAACACACAGGAACUCAAUUGUCAAAAGAUCGCACCGCACGGCUGGUUUGUCUAUAGCCUAUGGAGAACCAGGCCACACUUAUAGGACUAAACCUUUAACCAAACCUUUGUUUCUUUUCAUCAGGGGAUGAGUUGGGAUAUCCAGCCGUUUAGCGCGCGCACCUCCGAUUACCGAGCCUCUAAAUCAAGUAUUAUUUAAAACGGGCGAUAUAGUAUCAUAUGUUACUCAGCGGGUUCCAUUUCCUUGAGCGCGAGCAGGACCUCGAUGGCAUGAUGCUCCCGAGCCCGCUCACUUCCACGCCGUUCUCAGUCAAGGAUAUUCUGAAACUCGAACAGCUAGAGCAGCAGCAGAGGCAGCGAUCUCAACAGCACCAAUCUCGACAUCUGGACCCGCUACAGAUCCAACACCUGUCCCACACCCAACAACACUUAGUACACCCGGACUCGACCCAGCAACAGCAGACCCAGUCCCAGCACUUCCAGGCGCCACCGUCCUGUAUGCUUGCUUCAGCGGUCGACAGCCCUCCGUUCUCGGACGGGGAAGACAACAUGGCUUACCUGAGUUCUCUGGCGGCCCAGGACGGGCAUGGAGAGGCCAGUCUGUCCCCGGAGAUGUUCGUCCAUCCCGGGAUGGGUCACCUGAUCGACCCGAAGCUGGAGGUAAACCUGGAGGAUCAGGAAAACAAGAGCUGUGGCGUGGUGUCCAAGCCGCUGGAGGGAGAGGACAGCGGCCAGGGGGACUCGGAUCGGCCGGCCAAGCAGAGAACCAGACGGAAACCCCGGGUCCUCUUCUCCCAAGCCCAGGUGUUCGAGUUAGAGCGACGCUUCAAGCAGCAGCGGUACCUGUCCGCUCCUGAACGAGAACACCUGGCGAGCACUCUCAAACUCACCUCCACGCAGGUCAAAAUCUGGUUCCAGAACCGACGGUACAAGUGUAAGCGGCAGCGGCAGGACAAGUCCCUGGAGCUGGCAGGACACCACCACCCUCCCCCGCCAAGACGAGUCGCGGUGCCGGUCCUGGUCCGGGAUGGGAAGCCCUGUCUGGGCGGGACUCAGAACUACAAUACUCCGUACGGGUCGAACCCCUAUAGUUACAACGGAUACCCGGCCUACACGUACAACAACCCGGCAUACAACAGCAAUUACAGCUGUACUUACACCAGUAUCCCUACUCUCCCGCCAACCACCACGGCUAACCCCUUCAUGGCCAUGAACUUGGGGAACAUUGGGGGGCUUAGCGCCUCUCCACAGCCCCAAACGCACCAAGGGACAGCGGUCACGACAUGUCAGGGCUCACUGCAAGGGAUCCGGGCCUGGUAGCCCCACUCCGGUUACACCUUGGAUAAAACCAGAGCAUUGUUUUACACCCACACAGGUGACAUUAAUCGAAUCCUCUCA